CCCCCCCGGAGCCCGACUCCGGGCCGGCCAGCAGCCCGAUGGCGGCGGCCGCCAAGCCGCCCGAGCUGCUGGGCAUCUGCUCCAGCUACCAGGCUGUCAUGCCCCACUUCGUGUGCCUGGCCGACGAGUUCCCACAGCCCGCGCGGCCCACCAAGCUGCCCCGGGGCAAGGGCAAGCUGAGGCGGCCCCGCCAGUCGCGCUUCAAGACUCAGCCGGUGACGUUCGACGAGAUCCAGGAGGUGGAGGAGGAGGGGGUGUCCCCCAUGGAGGAGGAGAAGGCUAAGAAGUCCUUCCUGCAGUCGCUCGAGUGCCUGCGGCGGAGCACCCAGAACCUGAGCCUGCCGCGGGAGCAGCUGGGCAGCUCCAAGAUGCGGAACAGCCUGGACUCCAGCGACUCGGACUCAGCGCUGUGAAGCUGCCCCUCCGAGCACCUCGGCCCUGGUCCCGGACUGGUCCCAGGCCGCCUGACCCCCCCCCGCUCUCCGCUUCGACACUGGCUCAGCGGCGAACUCGUAGCCCUCCUCCGGGCGCUUAUCUAGGGCUGUGACCGGGAGCGAGGCGAGGCCGCUGCCCCGUUCAGGCAGCCCGGGAUGGGGGGCCAGGGCGAGGGCUGCUGCCCCUCCCCCCUUUCUUUUUUUCUUUUACUCUGCCCAGUCCAAACCCUGAUGUGAAUGUGCCUGGUUCUAGAAGCGUCGGAAGUGAGGAGAGAGAGAGAGAGAGAGAGA